UGGAGCUUUUAAUGUGCGGUUGAGCUGGUGAUGGAAGGUUUGUUGUGAGGAGCUGUCAGGUCAGGGCCGGAGGAUGCUUAGGACCCAGGGAAGCGCUGGGGAGCCUGGCUGGCUGGGCUUGGAGGAGCUCCUGCCUCCCAGCCAGGACUUCUCAGGUGUCCUGUCGGAGCUGUGCCCGGCUGGCCCUCCUGGCAGCUCCCCCUUCCCCACAUCCAUGCCCACCCUCUAAGCCCCCCUGGGCACCCAUGCGCUCGCCCGGGUGACCGCUCCGCACCAUGAAUGACCAGUACCACCGAGCAGCCCGGGAUGGCUACCUGGACCUGCUGAAGGAAGCCACCAAGAAGGACCUGAACUCGCCGGACGAGGAUGGCAUGACCCCCACCCUAUGGGCUGCCUACCACGGCAACCUGGACGCCCUGCGCCUCAUCGUCAGCAGAGGGGGUGAUCCGGACAAAUGUGACAUCUGGGGGAACACCCCUCUCCACCUGGCAGCAGCCAAUGGCCACCUGAACUGCCUCUCCUUCCUCAUCUCUUUUGGGGCCAACAUCUGGUGCCUGGACAAUGACUACCACACCCCGCUGGACAUGGCAGCCAUGAAGGGGCACAUGGAGUGUGUGCGGUACCUGGACUCCAUCGCUGCCAAGCAGAGCAGCCUCAACCCCAAGCUGGUGAGCAAACUGAAGGACAAGGCUUUUCGGGAUGCAGAGCGGAGAAUUAAGGACUGUGUGAAGCUGCAGAAGAAGCACCACGAAAGGAUGGAGAAACGGUACAGAAAGGAGAUGUCGGAUAAUUCGGAUACCAUGAGCUUCUCCAGCUAUUCAAGUAGCACCUUAAGCAAGAAGUUCCAACACAUGUCUAUGGUGACUUCCCUGCCAUACUCACAAGCCACCAUCCAUGGCACAGCCAAGGGAAAGACGAAAAUACAAAAGAAGCUAGAGAAGAAGAAGCAGGUGGACGGGACGUUCAAGAUCUAUGAGGAUGGGAGGAAAAGCGUGCGGUCGCUGUCUGGCCUGCAGCUGGGGAAUGAUGUCAUGUUUGUGAAGCAGGGCACAUAUGCCAGCCCCAAGGAGUGGACUCGGCGUAAUAUCAGAGACAUGUUCCUCACGGAUGAAGACACUGUUUCCCGUGCCAUAAGCGACCCGGGUUUGCACAUGGACUCAGCCCACUCGGAGGUCAGCACCGACUCUGGCCACGACUCCUUAUUCAACCGCCCCGGGCUGGGCACCAUGGUGUUCCGGCGCAACUACGUCAGCAGCGGGCUCUUUGGGAUUGGCCGGGAGGAUGCUGGCACGCUGGGUGAAGACAACACAGAUGGGAUGGGUGUCAAACUGCGGAGUCGCCUGCAGCGCUCGCCAAGUCUCAACGAUAGCAUUGGCAGUGCCAACAGCCUGCAGGAGAGGAACGCGGAGGAGCUCCCCUGGGAUGAGGUGGAGCUGGGCUUAGAUGAUGAUGACGAACCAGACACCAGCCCUUUGGAGACUUUUCUGGCUUCCCUGCACAUGUUUGAGUUCAUCUCCAUCUUGAAGAAGGAAAAGAUUGACCUGGAGGCCCUCAUGCUGUGUUCAGACAACGACCUGAAGAGCAUCAAUAUCCCGUUGGGCCCCAGGAAAAAGAUUGUGGAUGCCGUCCAGAGGAGACGACAAACUCUGGAGAAGCCAGAUGUCAUUGUAGACACUGAACUGUAAGUAGAAGAAUUAAACCCUUGAGCAGGUGGAGAUGUGGAUAAUGUAAAGUCUUGUUUUCAGCCCAGUUGGAAGAGUAGGAGUCCAGGUAACCUCAGGGCUUCUGUGUGUGGGCAAAUUCCUGCUUGUGUGGAAACGAUGAGAGUUCGAAGAGGUGGCAAUAGUGUUAGUUUGUUACUCAACAGCCCUAAUGUGGCUGGGCAGGACGUGAAGCUCUUGUUUUGUUUCAUAACCUAUAUGAAUGCAGCCUGCUCUUGUGGUCUGGUUCUUCUGAGUCCCCGUAGCUGGGAUUUUCAGCCACACUCAGGCUUGUCUUGACUCUUCGCCUUUUGAAAGCAUUAGGAAAUCAACCACAGCUCCCAGUGGGAGUGGGCUGACAGCAGUGCUCAGCGGCAUUGGGAAUCCUUCCCCAAAUGCUUGAGAUCUUGCUCAGACCUUUGGAGAUUGCAUGUCUGGGUUGGAGUUGUUGCUGUUUUAUGGCAUUUCCAGGGUUUGGUUGGUUUGGUUCGAAGGACCGUCUGCUUGCCAUUAGUGUGGGUCUCCCCACUGUCAUAUCCACUGACACCCCAACCCGCUGUGCUGCUUGGGCUUCCUAGCCUUCAAAUACCUGUGUGCUUCUUGCUGGUUUUGCAGGCUUUCAUUACAGCUCAGGCUUGGAUCCUCUGGGUGCUGAUGGAUUUUUCUCUUUCCCUUUGCAGAUAGCAUCAUCAUCUUUUUUUUUAUUAUUAUUAUUAUUUUUUUUUUAAUGAUCGAGAAGUAAACCCAGUUCUAAGUUGCCAGAAAACAUAAGCCAGACUCCCUUCCUGGGGCAGCUGAAAGCUACAGCCAUCCCCACCAGUCCCUCUGGACUGCUCUCCUGCUCCCUCACUCUGCUCCUUGUCUGUGCAAUGCUCCCGGGCGGUGGCUGGUACGGAGGGAUGAGUGCUGAGAUCGGAUCAGGCAGCUCCAACCUGCCAACCUUGAGGGGAUGAUGGUUGCCUGCUCACUGGAGGAAGAAGUGUGCUGCACAGCUGCCUAGGACACUGUGCCAGCACAGGCUGCGAGACCACACGAAGCCAUGAACAGAAGGAGAUACAUGAUGGUAUUUUCAAAGGGACCCAAAAUAAAUCA